GUGAGAUGGUGAGAGGGUGGUGUUUCAACUUCUGGUAUUGUUACAGGACGAGGACCAGAAAGAGAUAGGGACCCUUGUGGUAGAAAAGGAAAAAAAUUAAUAAUAAAAAUAAAGAACAGAAAAAGAAAAAGAAAAGAAAUCGGAUGCCAUGCACCUUCUGCGCAUUUUGCAAACCCUGCAGCGCCAUUGCCCAAUUCAAUAAGGCAGGUCCAGACUCCAGAUUUAUCAUUUUUUUUUGUUUUCUCUCUAGAAUAAAACUUGUCCGAGAGAAGGAGAAGGAGAAGAAGAAGAAGGGUUUGAGCCUCUUUUAUAUGUAACCCUUCAAAUCCAAUCGACCAUUUGUAGGAUGUGCUCUUGAAAUUUCAGGAGGGAUUUCGCUGGUCUUCUCGCUAGCGCGUGAGGAGAUUGAUCUGUUGGUUCUCUUGAUCUGAUUCUCUUUAAACAACGCCUAUAAGGAUGGGGGGCUUUGGGAUCAGAAGAGUACCCCCCUCUCAAGACGCAUUUUCCACGAGCUUCCUGGAUCUCAGAUUGAUAGUUUCAAAUCCUUGUUUAACUAGAUAGUCUACUUGGUCCUUUCUGUGCUUAUGGGACUUGUGAAGACUGUGGAUCAUAUGGGAAAGGGGGGUAACCAUUUGGGAAAUAUCUGUUACUUCCCAAAUGAAGAUGGCCUAGAGAGAGAUGAGAGCAAUGUUGUGGGUUUAGACUCAGGGGAUGAUUCUGAUGAUUGUGCAACGGAGGAAAUGGGUUUUGAGUUUGGAAUGCUUGGAGGUCAGAUGUGCAGUAUUCCUUAUGAGCUUUAUGAUCUGCCAGAUCUUAAGGAAAUUCUAUCCUUGGAAACAUGGAAUUCAUGCUUAACAGAUGAAGAGAGGUUCUCACUCUCCGCAUACCUCCCAGAUAUGGACCAGCAGACCUUUUGGCUGACUAUGAGGGAGCUUCUUAGUGGUAAUAAUAUGUUCUUUGGCAGUCCCUUGGUGGAACUUUUUGAGAGAUUGAAAGGUGGUUUCUAUCCUCCAAAAGUGACUCGUUUCAGAGAGUCUCUUCAGUUUUUGCAGAGAAGAGCAUAUUAUCAUUCACUAAGAUUAUACCAUGAAAAUAUGGCCCAGACCUUCUCCAACAUGAAAAGGAUGUGGGAUAAAUGCCGGCCAAGUAGCAGUAUUGAAGAAAGGAUCCUUAUAUGGAAGGUGAGGAAGAACCACACAGGCAAGGAUCCGCUUGAUCUUAAUGCAUAUCCAGUAGAUGAGGAUCUGACUAGCAAGAAUCUCAACUUAAAAACAGCUUUGCUCCCUUCGGCAAAGACAACAAAAUACAUAGAUCCAAAAGGAGAAACAACCAAACUUUUGCCUCCUGUUGCCAGUGGAAUGAAAUUGGUCAGUUCCAAUACCAGUGGAAAGGGGGUUCUGAAAAUAAAGCCUGCUGGAAUGGGCUCACAACAAACAUGUUUCUUGAAAACAGGUUCCAAUUAUAAUUGGGCACAAAGCCAACCUACACCAAAAGGGGUGCUGAAAAUAGUCCCUAAACGUUCUACACGGCAGGAACAUUCAAGGACAAUGUCAAUAUAUUCAGAACCAACAAAGUUGACUGAAGCUCCAGUUCUGCAGACAUCUAGGUUCUCUCCUUCGCCAGCAUCUCUAUAUAAUUGGGAUGUAGGGGAUUAUGAUGGGGAAUCAUCCUUUCCACAUAAAGUUCGUGGUAGAAAAGCUUACAGAAGUCCUGAGGUUCCUGAUUACAUGGAUCGGCAGAGAGUGGACCUUCUAAAUAGUACCAUUGGACCAAGCAGAAACUUACAGAAUUCUAUCAGAAAGGUGAGGCGAGCAAAGAAUCAAUCAUUUGAUGCCAUCAGAGAUUUACCAGAACACAGCUUGUUUGGAAGUGAACCUGGAGAAUGGAACAGAGAUGAAAAUAGUGCAAAAGGAGGCCAUCUGUCAUCAAGGAAUUCCCUUGAUGGAAGGAAGUUGGCAUGUGAAAGUGAAAAUCUUCGGCAGAAUUUGAGAAGUAGAGAACCGUCCCAAAGUUCCCUGGAAUCAUUCCAAUUUGGUACUGAAUAUUACCAAGGGGAGAAGCUUAUAACACCCAAGCAAGAAAAGUAUAUCACCAAGCAUCCAAGAAUUUCAGAAGUAGCUUCAAGAAUCUCAGGUGCUGGUAUUGAGGAGCAUGAAACAGUGAAGAUAUCUUCAGAUCGAACAAAGAGGCAUAGAGAUGUCAGUAGUGCAGAAGGAUCACAUAAAUUAUGCAAUCAACUUUCUAUUUCUGAGGGCCUUCGAGAUGGUGUGGCGUUUCCUAUAACAUACAAGCGAAGGAAAACCCAAAUGAAGCCUGACUCAUUAGAUUUUAUUAAACCACUGGCUACAGGGUCUGAUUAUGGAGCUAAAAAAUUGAAGGAAGAAAAUCACCGUUUGGGGGAGAGUGUGAAGGCUGUGAAGAUUAAGUUCAAGAACUGGGAUGAAAAAUCUCUAAACAAGCAAGGGAUUGUAAAUGGGUUGCAAUAUGGUUCUCCAUCUGCAUAAAGAACAGAGAAAAAGUGGGGUUAUCAUUGAUUGAACGUGACAAUGCUUGGCUGAUCUGACUGGUGCUUCUGUGGAUUGCAAAUUGGAUUGGAAGUUCGAGUUUUGUUAUAUUUUCCCUGAUAUAAACGAGGCUUACCUGAAGGCUUCAUCUAAGUCUUCCCUCAUGCCAAUAUUUGGAACAACUUCAAUGCAACAUUUCCAUCAUGUGACUAAGGCCUUCUCAUCAGGCUUCUGGAAAGGUUGCACCAUGCAGCAUAGUUAAAAAGGCCAUAAAGCCAAGCCUCCCAUGCUUAUACAAGAACAUGGACAUGGAAUUGUGUUCUGAUGCAUUUCUUUUCAUCUUGUUCUUAAGAUGAACCUGUAAUGCAACGGAUUUCUUCCACUUCAUAUGUAGAACAUCAUGACCAGUAGAUGUUCCUUUCUUGUUUGAUCUCUUGCAAGGUUAUAUGAGGUAACACCUGUGAUUCUUGGCUCGUUCUAUCUGUAAAUCAAUGUAUAUUGAUUAAGUUGAGAACACCCUCUUCAUUUUUCUUGCUUCUGAGUGAUCUCUAUGCGUAUAUUUGUAGGUAAAGAUACUCAUUGUUUGAUUUGGUUAACGGUGUGAAUUCUACUGUCUGGCGAACGCCAUACCAUAAGACACUGAGGUGAUUCGAACUCGUGUAAAUUGAACAGAAAAUGGCCUAGAAACAAGGGCUUUUCAUA